AUGCUUGCUCGUGUCUCAACAGCGAGUAAACUUUUGAAACAAUACAGGAAAACUCCAUCUUCAGGUCCAAGGGAGCUUACUCCAACCAUGGUUCGCUCCAUUGAAGAGGCUGACAAGCCAGCAAAAAAGGGCAAGAAAACUGAAACCCACAAGGAGGCACAGGUUUCCAAACCAUCAAAGGGGCAAACCCCUAAGAAACGAAAGACUGACAGGGCUGCUCCAACACAGCCUCAACCAAAGAAGCAGAAGAAGCCUUCUAGGAGACUUAUACUCCAAUCCUCAAGUGAUUCAGAUUCAGAGUAUGUCCCUCUUAAACAUAAGAAUGCUCUUCCUUCAGAAUCUAAGAGCGAAGGCUCUGAUGAUGAGGCUUCGGGCCAAGGUGCUACUCCGCCUCACUCCCCUACACCAGAAGUUUCCGUCCACUCUCCACCUCCUUCCCCUCCACCAGUAUCAAUCCUAGUAUCCAUCUGA